UAGAAUUUGAUCAGCUUUACUUUAUUUAAAUAUAUAGGCAGAGCCAGAGCCUCAUUUCACUUCACUUUCCAUAAACUCUGUCCCCCCUCCAUCUUUCGAGUGUUAUAUAACCUCUAUCUCUCCCCCCCUCUAUACAUAUCUCAACAAUCCUCUCUCUCUCUCUCUCUCUCUCUCUCUCUCUCUCUCUCCCUCCAUUCAACACUCGCUCUCGUUCUGAAUCUCUUCUGAUUGUGCAUGGAUGGAUCCUUCAAGUGCACACCACCACCAGGAAAUGGGUACUCAAACCCUAGAAAGCAUGUUGGUUUGCACAAAAGCAAAUCAAGAUCAAAAGAAACCAAGGCCACAGCCAGAACAAGCCCUAAAAUGCCCUAGAUGUGACUCCACCAACACCAAAUUUUGCUACUACAACAACUACAGCCUCACCCAGCCAAGGUACUUCUGUAAAUCCUGCAGAAGGUAUUGGACCAAAGGGGGAACCCUGAGAAAUGUUCCAGUGGGCGGAGGGUGCAGGAAAAACAAGAGAUCAUCGUCGUCAUCAUCGAAGAGGAGCAGCCAAGAUCCAUCACUCACACCCAAUAUUCCCAGCCCUCUAUCUUCUGCUACUUCUCUCCCACCCUUGUCCUAUGAUUACUCGAGUGAUCUCAGCCUUGCAUUUGCUGGGCUCCACAAACAAAGCAAUGGGAAUCUAGGGUUCGAUGCUCAUGACCAUCAUGAUCAUUUUUCAAUGUUGGGGAAUCAUAACAUCACCCAAUGUGAUUUUCUCGGAAACCCUGAUCAUGUGACUAAUGUCCAAUCUUCCUCUCAUGCAACUCCCAGCUCCUUUCUCGAUGCGCUAAGGGGCGGAUUUGUGGAAGCCCCAAAUGGGUUUCAGAAUCUGAAUUAUGGGAUGGGUACUGUCAAUGGAAAUUACAUGGGGAGUUUGGAAAAUGGUGGGGGAAUGGCAAUGCCAUAUGAUCAUCAUCAAGAUCAAGGGAGUUGUGCUACAACAACAGCUGUGACUGUUACAACAAUGAAGCAGGAGGUGUGUAAUGGAAGAGAGGGAGGAGAGAAUAGGGUUUUGUGGGGUUUCCCAUGGCAGAUUGGUGGAGAGGGUGGUAACAGUAUGGGAGAGGUUGUUGAUUCAGGAAGAGACAGGUGGAUCAGUGGGAUUAAUGGUUCAAAUUGGCAUGGACUUCUCAAUAGCCCUCUUAUGUAGGUAGCUCUUUAGAAACCUUUUUGAGAUUUCAAUUAAUGUCUGUUUGAGGGGGGGGAAAAGUGAUCAUAGCAGAAGUUUUCUUGUGUUUGGUUCUCAGACUCAAAACUUAAUUUUUAACCCUUUGAGUUUGUUUCAAGUGAACUUGAUGAAUUAAUCUCUAUUAUUUUAGUUCCUUA